UCUCUACUUGUGAAUGAAGCUUUAUGGGCAGUUAUAAAUACGUUCAUUCGGCUUUCUGCCCUAGUCUUGAUUUACAAAGUAUUUACAAUUCGGAUUUUGAUGGCGUGGACACGGGCUUUCAUAGGUAUCUCAAUUAUGAAUGGACUUGCCGCUGUACUGACUGGUGUCCUCAUAUGCCGUCCCAUCCAGGCAUCAUGGGAUUCUCGGGUUCAAGGCACGUGCGGGAAUCAAACUGCAGCAUAUGUGGCCCUAGAGGUCAGCGGCCUCGUCAUUGAUAUAGCUAUUCUGGCUAUACCAAUAGACAGUAUUCUCAAUCUCGAUAUGGAGCCGAGGCGCAAGGUCAGCACUCUCUUAAUAUUUUCAGCGGGCGCUGUGGUCAUCAUCAUUACAGGCUUCCGCAUUGCCGCGUUACAUCGAGUCAAUAGUACUGAUUUCAGUUAUGAUCAAGGGUACUUAGGACUAUUGUCUACCCUCGGAGCGCUUCUUGGUAUCAUAAGUUGUUGCUCAACGUCUCUUCCUUCAUUCAUCCGCUAUCUUGGUCCAGAAGAGACUUGUCGACGUCUGCCUCUAAACAGUCCUAGAUCCAAGCGGACGACUCAGCGGACAGACAUUCGAGAGGUUGGACCCCCAUGCAAUCACUGCGAAGAGGAGGAAAGGGGUGAAAAGCAAAGCCUUGAAGAGAAGAGUAUUGUUUAGAUUUUGGGAAUUGGUAUAUUAAGAAAUCUAUAACGGCAACUGAAAUACUUUAUACAGGUAGACUUAAAUGAGACAGAACAUCCAGCAGCCCCA